GAGAGAAUAAUGAAGGUGGUUAGAAUCUAUGCUGUUCAAGGAAAACAAAGAUAAGAGGGGGAAAUCAUAUUUUAAAAAACGGAUUUAUUGGUUUCUGCUUGUCGUCACCACCCUCGUCAGUCCGCCCCCGCCCCACAUUAGUGCGAUCGAGAGAUCACUUCAUUAACAAUCAGCGUCGCGAAUACUAUAUGACAAAUUAAUUGUAGAGCAUUUCUUUCUAUGGUAACAAGAUCUCAUUGACUGCUAGUGGGGACGGCUUUCAUAUGUUCAAAGCUUUUUGGAAAGGGUUCUUAAAAAGACGUUUGGAUUUACCCCACCCGCCACCAUCUCUGAGGUCCAGAAAUAAAAUCUGUUUAGCUUCCUGGAGCUUGUGUAGGCCAGAAGAGGAGGAGCUCCUCAGGCAGGGUACAAGUGUAAGGAUUAAUAACUGGGGCGCUUUGGGAAAUCGUUGCUUUGAUUUUGUAUUCUGGUAAACCAGAAUAAAGUUUUUGAAAAUAGCUAGCCUGGGUUUUUAAAUUUUCUCUUUUAUUAAAGCCUUAGGAAAAGACACAAAUGGAGAGGGGCUAGCCACUGAGGAUCUGAGUUCCGUAGGAGCAAAAGGGUUUAGAGGCCCUGCAUAGAAGGGACAAUUUCUUGAAAUCAUUUAGUCUAUAGCAGCCGCUGCGGCUGCUAUAUGUUGGCUCAAAAGUAAUUCCCGCUUCAUUCACUUGUAAGCUUUCUCUCAAGUAAGCUUACAAACUAUAUGCCAGUUAUGUGACGGUUCCGGUCAAAUACAGGCAUUCCGUAGACAGCUGCUGUGGGGUCCUCAGAAGCGGCGAAAGGAAGAAGCGGAAAUGACUCUCCAGGCUUCCGCUCAGUGGUGUGCGCGUGCGCAGUAGGCAAUGAGAGAGGUGCAGCGGAUGUGCCAAGCCAACAUGGGAACACCACAAAAGGAUGUCAUCAUUAAAAAUGAUGCACCAGCUCUGGUGUUGUUAGAGAAACAUGCUGACUACAUAGCUGCUUAUGGAACAAAGAAAGAUGAUUAUGAGUACUGUAUGUCAGAAUAUUUAAGAAUGAGUGGUGUCUAUUGGGGACUGACAGUAAUGGAUCUUAUGGGACAGCUGCAUCGGAUGAGCAAGGAAGAAAUUCUCGCAUUUAUUAAAUCGUGUCAACAUGAGUGCGGUGGAAUAAGUGCCAGCAUAGGUCAUGAUCCUCACCUUUUAUAUACACUUAGUGCUGUGCAGAUUCUAACAUUGUAUGAUAGUCUACACGUCAUUGAUGUAAAUAAAAUUGUUGAUUAUGUAAAAAGUCUACAGAAAGAAGAUGGAUCAUUUGCUGGAGACAGAUGGGGAGAGAUUGAUACAAGGUUUUCUUUUUGUGCAGUAGCAACACUAGCUCUUCUGGGGAAGCUGGAUGCAGUUGAUAUAGACAAAGCAGUAGAAUUUGUUUUGUCCUGUAUGAACUUUGAUGGAGGAUUUGGUUGUAGACCAGGAUCUGAAUCUCAUGCAGGACAGAUCUAUUGUUGCACAGGAUUUCUGGCUAUAACUGGUCAGUUGCACCAAAUAAACGCUGACCUGCUAGGCUGGUGGCUUUGUGAACGUCAGUUGCCAUCUGGUGGCCUGAAUGGAAGACCAGAAAAGCUACCAGAUGUCUGCUAUUCGUGGUGGGUGUUGGCAUCCCUGAAGAUAAUUGGCAGGUUGCAUUGGAUUGACAGAGAGAAAUUACGCAGCUUUAUCUUAGCUUGCCAGGAUGAGGAGACUGGAGGAUUUGCUGACAGGCCAGGAGAUAUGGUGGAUCCAUUUCAUACCUUGUUUGGAAUUGCUGGACUAUCAUUAUUGGGAGAAGAACAAAUUAAACCUGUAAAUCCUGUGUUCUGUAUGCCUGAAGAGAUCCUUCAAAGAAUAAAUGUACAACCUGAGCUUGUGAGCUAGGUUUUAUUGUGUGGCUACAUUGCCAUACUCAGCUGCUUUGAAUUUUUCCAUCAAAAGACAUUUCUAAAUGUUGUUUACAUGACAAAUUACUACUUCACUGUAAGCACUGUCAUUUUAUAUGUGGACUGUAUCCAAAGUAAAUAAGUUGAGUGUUACAUGUGCUUGAGGUUUCCAGUGACAGAUAUAGAUAUAGGUUUCAAUUGUCUUUUAAUAUGUUUGCCUCUGGGCUCUGUUCCAGUGAUGUUACUUCAAAAUAACAUACUGUAUUAGGCACAAUAGAUGAACACUUGAAUUUUGUGACUUCAUGUUUGACACAAUCAUUCACUCAUCUUGAUGACAGUUGGCAUGUGAUUAGACAGUGAAUUAUCCCAAGCACUGUUGCUAUUGAGUGAGAUUUACAUGCUUCUUUCAGUGAAACAUUAUGCUUGAGUUCCUGUUUAGGAUCUGCUAUAGUUUUUUAUCCAAUUUGAAUCCACACUUUCUUGUACUACAUAAUAGUAGAAAUUUUAUAGUAUUCACCAGACAAUUGCUUUCUACUAGUGACAUCCUUAAAUUAAAAUAAUGCAAUUAUAAUGUAACUAAUGAAUGGCCUUGCUGAAUUUUAGAAGUUGUUCCUUUGCUCUAAAAUAUAUAUUAUAACUGUGGUUUGAAUCGCAGUACUAGUAGUUCUUAGGAUAGUUGUAUAUAGUCAAGAAUGAAACUAUAGAAGAAAAUUAUUUUCUGUGGGAUGAAAUAUCUGCUUCCACUGGAACUCUAGAAUUCCAUUUCACAUUUGCCACACUUUCGCAUUUGUAACUUGGCUGAAAUCUUCUGAGUAUGAAAUGGGAUUUUGCUUGAAACAAAUUAAACUAAUUAUGAAAUAAAAAUUUAAAUUGUAUAUGAUUUAUUGGAAGUGUGAAAAAUCUGCAUAGCUCUGUACUUGUUGCUGUUAAUCUUUUGGGAAGUUACAAAGCUUAAUAGAUAUUAAUAAAAGACUUCUAAUUGGAUGUUAA